AUGUCUUCGUGUACUUCUUCACCAUCCAGCUUGCACUCAGAAGAGUCGAGAGAUUCCACUUCAUCCGAUUUCUCAUCAACUAUCCCAGCACAAUACAAUUCCAACGCAGAAAUAGAAGACCCUCAAAAAGCCUUCAAAGGAGGUCUCACAUCACAUGGAGUUGAAGAUAUCUUAGGCGAUGGAGCUAACUACGGUGCCCCAGAGAAUAUCUUCCCAGAUUGCAAGACUGAAGUAUUAAACGUAAUCUCCAACACAUUCUCUCAAGAUUACAACUCUCGAGACUCAACUGGUUUUAGUAUCCACGAUAUUCUUGGUUUGCAUCAAUCAUAUAAUGCUGCUAACUCACAGGAAGAUAUGGAGCAGAGAUAUGAAUAUCAAAUACCGAACUACGAAAAUAUAAGCAACAGUUCACAUAACAAUUAUGGCUCAGGAACUGAAGAAGUCAAUUCCGACGAUUGUAUGAACAAAAAUGAUAACUUGUUCUUAGCUCCUAAUGUACAAAUUGAAAGCCAAGUUACGUACGACAGAAACUAUUUACCUAAUGAAGCUCUACGAUGUCACCAUACCAGCGGUUUAGACAAUGAUGUUGUUAAAGAUACUACAAGUGACAUAAAUGAAUCAAGUUUUCCGAACCAGGUAAAUAUAAGUGAACAAAAAUCUUCAUCGUUAAAUAAUCCUGCUAUAAGUGGUACGUCAUCAUUAUCAACCGGUAUGUCUUCAGAAGCUACAUCUUACCAAAAAGUAUUUACUAAACGAGCCCGCACAGCUUACACAAGUUCACAGUUAGUCGAAUUAGAGAAUGAGUUCCAUCAAAACCGCUACCUCUGCCGGCCGAGACGAAUCGAACUCGCGAAUUACCUCCAACUCUCGGAGCGUCAAAUAAAAAUAUGGUUUCAAAACAGAAGGAUGAAAUAUAAAAAAGACAACAAGCAUAACAAACCAUCUUCAUCCGUAGACGAUAACAGCCCAUCAAGUUCUAAAGAAAUGUCACCGAGCCAAGAUCACAAGUUAAGUCAUGGAAGAAGUUGCGGAGGACACGAUCGACAUAGAAGACUACUUAGCGAUAGUCAUGCGACCCAUAAAUAUGUGGCCCCAAAUGAUACAUCAAGAUCCUCAGAAUAUCCAUCUAUAAACAGUCUCAAAACUGUAAUCAAAGGUCCGCAGAGUACUAUCGAGUUGCCAUCGUAUACGCCGAACCUAUCGUAUACAUCGUACUACUGCGCAGGCGCAAGUAGGCCGGCUUACUCACCGAUGUCUGAGGUUUAUCGUUACACGAACGAUGAUUCACUGCAACCGAAUUCGAAUGCACUAUCACUACCGUCGGAUAGUUACGUGCCGAACGGAGUUAACUUGAAGUUAAGCGAAGAUAUGACAAGGUAUCCGUCUGGUUCGGCGUAUUACAAUGCGUUAACCAGCGGUGUUGCGAUGCAUCCGGGUACUACAGACGCGUAUACUUUCAAUGCACCUAUACCGACGACAGUAAACCCAACUUACGAAGAAAAUAUGCAAUCGAGAACUGCUAACGCACCGUUCUCACAGGACGCUUACUUUUCAUACUUGGCAACUUCUGAUGCUAACAGUCAAAACCCUAACACAACAAGCAACAGCAAAUUCUCAUCUUAUAUCACUUUGUAA